ACUGUGCAGGUGUAACCACAAAAUAAGUUAAGUCUUGUUGUUCAUGCCAUUUUAUGAGCCAUAUAACUUAGAGAAAUAAUUGUUUAUUUUAUAAUUGGUGUUGCUAACCAACUUUUACAUUUUGUAUAGUUUAUUGACUUGUUUGUUGGGACGAUUAAAUAGUGUACUUUUGGAUUCACAAAUCACACUACUCAUCAGAGAUAAAUUUCACUGCCAAAGAAUAAAAAUUGGUUUUACAGGUUUACAUUACCUGAGGGUGUGAUUCCUAAACAUUAGUAUGCACGAGAAUCACUUAAAGAGAGAGAUUGAAGUGCAGAUUUUCAGCCCUUAGCACCACCAGAGAAUUUCAUUCAAGGUCUGGAGGGAAACCCAGGAGUCAACCUGGAAAAAAACAACUCAGACUCCCAAGUAAUUAUUUAUGCAUAUGGUUCACACACUACAAUCUGAAAAACACUAACUCCACCUGAAAGUCUUUAUAAGGCUCAGAUUUUGGAAAUGGUAUUGCCUGUAUGCACCUCCUGAAGUUAUUAAUUUGAACGCGUGGUGGCAGUGCAGGCUAAGAGAGUGAAUAAGAGCUCUGCAGAUUCGGUGGACUCCAUUUUAUUCAGAAGCCCCCCCAAAUACAGAACACACUUACAGCUGGAGCUAAGAUAGUAGUAUUCAGGAAGGCACUCGUCACCAGACAAGUUAUAAGACGAAUUCGAAAUUCAACAGUAAAGACAUUUCGGAGGGUCGGUGGUGGACGUGAUGAUGGGGACUGGAAAAAGAUUUUUUCCUCUGGGAUCAGACAUAAUGGAGAUGGCGAGAACAAAAGUACAUCGCAAGAAAAGGCAAGUGGCAAUUCUCAUUAUAUGGGUGCUUUUGUGGGAAGCCGGUUCAGAAUCGAUUCAAUAUUCUGUACUGGAGGAGUCAGAAACUGGCACGUUUGUGGCCAAUUUGACAAAGGACCUGGGACUCAGGAGAGGAGAACUGGCUGCGCGUGGUGCCCAGGUUGUUUUCAAGGGGAACAGACAGUAUUUGCAGCUUGACCCAAAGACCUAUGAUUUACUGCUAAAUGAGAAACUGGACCGGGAAGAGCUGUGCGGCUCCACUGAGCCAUGCGUGCUACCUUUUCAAGUGUUACUGGAAAAUCCCUUGCAGUUUUUUCAGGCUGCUUUACGAGUCAGAGAUAUAAAUGACCACGCCCCAGAGUUCCCAGCCAGAGAAAUGCUACUAAAAAUAUCAGAAAUUACUACACCAGGAAAGCUAUUUCCUUUGAAAAUGGCACAGGAUUUAGACGCUGGUAACAACAGUCUUCAGAGCUAUAUAAUCAGCUCCAAUCCUCAUUUUCACGUUCUCACUCGCAAUCGCAGCGAUGGCAGGAAGUUCCCGGAGCUGGUGCUGGACAAAGCCUUGGACCGCGAGGAGCAGCGCGAACUAAGGCUUACCCUCACAGCGCUGGAUGGUGGGUCUCCGCCCAGGUCUGGGAGCACGGAGAUUCAGAUCCUGGUCUUGGACAUCAAUGACAAUGCUCCCGAAUUUGCUCAGGAACUCUAUGAGGCACAAAUCCCUGAAAACAAUUCCCUAGGCUCCCUGAUUAUCACCGUCUCAGCGACAGAUUUAGAUGCAGGAUCCUUUGGGGAGGUAUCUUAUGCCCUAUUUCAGGGAGAUGACGUUAAUCAACCCUUCGAAAUAAACGCAAUUACAGGAGAAAUUCGACUGAGAAAGACUUUGGAUUUUGAGGAAUUUCAAUCAUACCACGUGGAUAUUGAGGCUACAGAUGGCGGGGGACUAUCAGGAAAAUGCUCUUUAGUCAUCAAGGUUCUGGACGUAAAUGACAACGCUCCUCAACUGACCAUGUCCUCCCUCGUCAGUCCCAUCCCCGAAAACCUGCCAGAGGUCAUAGUAGCAGUUUUCAGUGUGUCAGAUGCAGAUUCUGGACAAAAUCAACAGGUUAUUUGUUCUAUAGAUGACAAUCUCCCCUUUCUUCUAAGACCAUCAGUCGAGAAUUUCUACACCUUGGUAACUGAAGGAGCGCUGGACAGAGAGAGCCAGGCCGAGUACAACAUCACCAUCACCGUCACUGACCUGGGCACCCCCAGGCUGCAAACCCAGCACCACAUGACGGUGACGGUGUCCGACGUGAACGACAACGCGCCGGCCUUCAGCCACACCGCCUACACCCUGCGGGUGCGCGAGAACAACAGCCCCGGCCUGCACAUCGGCCGCGUGAGCGCCGCGGACAGAGACGCGGGCGCCAACGCGCAGGUCACCUACUCGCUGCUGCCGCCGCACGACCCGCGGCUGCCCCUGGCCUCGCUGGUGUCCCUCAACGCGGCCACCGGGCAGCUGUUCGCGCUCAGCUCCCUGGACUUCGAGGCGCUGCGCGCGUUCGAGUUCCGCGUGGGCGCGGCCGACCGCGGCUCGCCGGCGCUCAGCAGCCAGGCGCUGGUGCGCGUGCUGGUGGGGGACGCCAACGACAACGCGCCCUUCGUGCUGUACCCGCCGCAGAACGGCUCGGCGCGCUGCCCCGAGCUGGUGCCCAGGGCGGCCGAGGCGGGCUACCUGGUGACCAAGGUGGUGGCGGUGGACGGCGACUCGGGCCAGAACGCCUGGCUGGCGUACCAGCUGCUCAGGGCCACGGAGCCCGGGCUGUUCGGCGUGUGGGCGCACAACGGCGAGGUGCGCACGGCCAGGCCGCUGAGCGCGCGCGACGCCGUCCGGCACAGGCUGCUGGUGCUGGUCAAGGACAACGGCGAGCCGCCGCUGUCGGCCAGCGUCACGCUGCACGUGCUGCUGGUGGACGGCUUCUCGCAGCCCUACCUGCCGCUCCCGGCCGCGGCGGCGGCCGAGGCCCGGGCCGACCCGCUCACCGUCCACCUGGUGGUGGCCUUGGCGUCGGUGUCGUCGCUCUUGCUGGUGGCGGUGCUGGGGUUCGUGGCGGUGCGGCUGGGCAGGAGGAGCCGGGCCGCGGCGGGGGGCGGCUGCUCGCUGCCCGAGGGCCCCUUCGCGGGCCACCUGCUGGACGUCAGCGGCGCGGGGACCCUGUCGCACAGCUACCAGUACCAGGUGUGUCUGACGGAAGGCCCCGGGUCAAAUGAGUUCAAGUUCUUGAAGCCUAUUAUCCCCAAUUUCGUGGGUGAAGGGACUGGUAGGGGCACCGAGGAAAACUCUCACUUUAGAAAUCAUUUUGGGUUCAAUUAGGCAUAUCACCUUAAGAGGAGAUAAAUGAUAAUUAUAACCAAUGUAUUAUUAGUUCGCAACCCGUCCAUUCACAUAAAGAGCUACAUAUUCAUACAUUAAUAAUUAUUGUCAUAUUUAUAGUUAUUUCAGCUUGUUGAAGUAUUUUACAUUCUGAAUCUCUGGGUGUUUGUUGUUUUUGCUGUUGUUGUUUUUAGCCAGGUCACAUUUUGCAUGUUCAUACAAUAGUGGAAAAAUAUUGUUUCUCAGUUUUGGGGAGUCAGAUUAUUGGAGGUCAUAAAUGUUUUCAGAUUCCUGAUGUUUGAGCUUGUUCACUGAUACCUACUUAUGACUAAGAGAAUUGUGUUUUCUGAUUAUCAGCAUAGUAUCUUGUAAAUGAUGGCUUUCAAUUUUAAAAAUACUUUUCAUUCAUACAAAAUUUUUUGUUACCUUGGAAAUGGUUGGGUUUCUGUAGUGUUGUUUUAAAAACACUAUUUGUUUCCUCAAAGGAACUAGUAUUUUAUCUGGAUGUUUUCUAAGUUGAGUAUUUUCUUUCAAAAUUGAUAUUGAACAAGACUAUCUGAUACUAUUUUAAAUAAUUCAAUUUCUGUUAAAUAGAAAAAAUGUUAGUAGACUGAUGAUUACUUUUUCAUAAUAAAUGGUUUGGGUAUGUAAAUAAUGAUUCUCAUUCUUUUAAAAUAAUAUAUAGUCACAUGAUUCAAACAUUCAAUAUGAACAAAAAAUAAAGGAAUUUUUUUUCAUUUUCAAAUUUUUAUUUAAAUUCUAGUUAGUUAACAUGCAGUAUAAUAUUGGUUUCAGGAGUAGAAUUUAGUGAUUCAUCACUUACAUAUAACACCCAGUGCUCAUCAUAACAAAUGCCCUCCUUUAUGCCCAUCACCCAUUUAGAACUCCCCCCCACCUCCCUCCAUCAAUCCUCAGUUUUUCCUCUAUCAUAAAGAGUCUCUUAUGGUUUGUUUCCCUCUCUCUUUUUUCCCCCUUCUUAUAUGUUCAUCUGUUUUGUUUCUUAAAUUCCACAUAUGAGGGGUGCCUGGGUGCCUCAGUUGUUAAACAUUGCCUUUGGCUCAGGUCAUAAUCCCAGGGUCCUGGGGUCGAGCCCCACGUCGGGCUCCCUGCUCAACCGGGAGCCUGCUUCUCCCUCUCCUGCUCCCCCUGCUUGUAUUCCUUCUCUCACUGUGUCUCUCUCUGUCAAAUAAAUAAAUAAAAUCUUUUUAAAAAUCCACAUAUGAGUGAAAUCAUAUGGUAUUUGUCUUUCUGACUUAUUUCACUUAGCGUUAUACAUUCUAGCUCCAUCCACAUCGUUGCAAAUGGCAAGAGUUCAUUCUUUUUGAUGGCUGAGUAAUAUUCCAUUAUAAAUAAAUACAUUUUCGGGCGCCUGGGUGGCUCAGUUGGUUAAGCGACUGCCUUCGGCUCAGGUCAUGAUCCUGGAGUCCCAGGAUCGAGUCCCGCAUCGGGCUCCUUGCUCAGCAGGGAGUCUGCUUCUCCCUCUGACCCUCCCCCCUCUCAUGCUCUCUCUCUCUAUCUCAUUCUCUCUCAAAUAAAUAAAUAAAAUCUUAAAAAAAUAAAAUAAAAUAAAAUAAAUACAUUUUCUUUAUCCACUCAUCAGUUGAUGGACAUUUGGGCUCGUUCCAUAGUUUGCCUAUUGUUGGUAAUGAUGCUACAAACAUUGGGGUGCAUGUACCUCUUCAAAACUAUAUUUUUGUGGGGUGCCUGUGUGGCUCAGUCGUUAAGUGUCUGCCUUCAGCUUGGGUCAUGAUCCCAGGAUCCUGGGAUCAAGCCCCGCAUCGGGCUCCCUGCUCUGUGGGGAGCCUGCUUCUCCCUCUCCCACUCCCACUCCCCCCUGCUUGUGUUCCCUCUCUCGCUGUCUCUACGUCAAAUAAAUAAAUAAAAUCUUAAAAAUCUUUUAAAAAAGAGAGCUCUAUUAUGCUUAGGAAAAUGCAUAUUGCAGUAAAUAUAGAUGAAUUAGAAUUGAAUAAAUUAAUGAUUUUCAACAUUUUAUCUUAUCA